GUGACUCUAUUGUACAUACUCUCGUGCUCGUGUCUACAUUGUUUGUAGCCAGUAUUGAGAUUGCCAUACUACUAGCUCAGAAUGGUUCUUGGCUUCAUAACCAGGGCCACUAGCGCCUUGGCCAGGACUUCGGCCCAUCGCCCAAUACAUUUCAUCAUCAUCACCUCAUUGCUAGCAUCGAUUGCUUACUUAUCAGUAGUUGACGAAUAUAUUCCAGAGAACUUCAGCGAUACAGACAUUGGGACCUCCUACUACCACCCGGCAGGCAGAGCGGAUUACAAGAACUGGAUCAAAAUCGACAAUGCCUCGGAAUACCCAAAAGCUAAUCAUGUCACAGUGGUUCCUUUGAGAUUCAAGAGAGUUCUUCACAGUGAAAUACCAACUGUUGAAAACACGUUCCAAGGCUUACAGCAAAACGAACGUGUCCUCAUUGUUGAUUCUGAUGUUGUAGACUCGGCCUUGCAGUCUAUCGACAAGAUCUCCUACAACGGUCUUACAUGGAGAGCCAGAAACAACAACAGAAUUAUGAAAUAUUAUGAGUAUAUCCGUACCAGUCUUCUGAAAAUCAGAAGCUUGAUGCAGAAUGCCGAAAACUUCGACAUCACCUUGAUUACCGUCGCUUAUCUUGCCAUGUGGUACACUUUAAUCAAGGUUUUCGUCGAUAUGAGACUCGUAGGCUCCAAGUUCUGGUUAGCCUUUUCAACAAUUAUCUCUUCCACUUUUGCUUUCCUCUUUGCCUUAGUGGUUACCACUAAGGUAUUGGAUACCAAGGUUCCAUUGAUAAGUAUUUCAGAAGGUAUUCCCUUUUUGGUAGCCAUUAUUGGGUUCAAGCACAAGGUCUCUAUUGCUUCUGCUGUCCAGACAGCAUCCAAUACCUCAGAAGAUGUGAGAACCAUCGUGGCUAGAGUAAUCUCAUCCCACACCGUUAGUAUGUUGAGGGACCAUGUAGCCGUCAUUGGAGUUCUUCUUGCAUGUGCUUCUUACGGCUCUCAUUUGGCUGGAUUGAGAAACUUCUGUAUUUUGAGUUCUUUGAUCUUGUCGAUCGACUUAGUUUUGGUCUACACCUUCUUUUCUGCUAUCUUGGCUUUGAAAGUCGAAAUCAACAGAGCUCGUCGUACUGAAGACUUGAAAGAAGCUCUUGAAGAAGAAGGUAUUUCCUCGUUGAUUGCUCAAGACGUGGCUCUUCAAUCUUCCAAUAUCGAACACCCAAAUGAAAAGAACUUUUUUGCCUCAGAUGACUCUUCUAUUGUCUCUUUCAAGGUAGCUAUGAUUCUUGGGUUCUUGGGGUUCCAUGCUUUCUGGUUAGGAAGCUCAUGGUUGUAUAACUCAACUGGAGAUGCUACACUCUCUGUGUUGGACACUGCUCCACAGUUAACUAAAUCUACUGCUAAGUAUAUCACCAUUGGUUCUAAGGGUACCAUUGUAACCAUCUUACCCGCCAGAAUCUACUUGCCAUUGGGAUAUCUAGUUCUUACUGAAGACUUUGUCUUGUCAGUUUUGGAAAAGAUCAGUUAUGCCAUACGAGACAACCUCAUUUCCAAGUUCCUCUUGUUCGGAUUUGCUAUUUCCAUCAGUGUCAACGCAUACUUCUUAAAUGCAUCUCGUUACCAGGUUUCUGCCACUACAAAGCUCAUACAAAGAGAAUUCUCUAGACCACAAUUGAGCGAAAAGUCCAAGACUCAAACUGUGACAUCUGCGCAAGCCCCUAGAGUUUCCAAAAUUGACACCAAAGAGUCGUAUGAAGACUCUUCUAGUGAAGAAUUGGAAAUCAAGGUCCCUGCUAAGCAAUUGCCAUUGGAAGAAUGUAUUGAAAUCAUGAAGGAUGGAAAGGUCAAGACUUUGAAUGAUAACGAAGUAUCGUCCUUAGUGGUUUCUGGAAAAUUACCAUUAUAUGCUUUAGAGAAGCAAUUGGCAGAUAACACUAGGGCUGUUGCUGUUCGUAGAAAGGCUAUUGCCAAGUUAGCCAAUGUUCCUUCGUUAGAUUCCGGUCGUUUGCCAUACAAGCACUAUGAUUACGAUCGUGUGUUUGGUGCCUGUUGUGAAAAUGUUAUUGGAUUCAUGCCUAUUCCAGUAGGUGUAGCCGGACCUUUGAUUAUCGACGGUAAGCCAUAUCAUAUUCCUAUGGCCACUACUGAAGGUUGUUUGGUUGCUUCUACUAUGCGUGGUUGUAAAGCCAUCAAUGCUGGUGGAGGUGUUCAGACUGUGUUGACCAGAGAUGGUAUGACCAGAGGUCCAUGUGUCUCGUUUCCAUCUUUGGCAAGAGCUGGAGCUGCUAAAUUGUGGCUUGAUUCUGAAGAAGGUCAACUGACUAUCAAAAAGGCUUUCAACUCUACUUCCAGAUUUGCGAGAUUGCAACAUAUUCAAACUGCCAUGGCUGGUGAUUUGUUAUUUAUUCGUUUCAGAACCACCACUGGUGAUGCAAUGGGUAUGAACAUGAUCUCCAAGGGUGUGGAAUACUCCCUUAAGUACAUGGUUGAAGAGUGUGGAUGGGAAGAUAUGGAGAUUAUCUCGGUCUCUGGUAACUACUGUACCGACAAGAAGCCUGCUGCCAUCAACUGGAUCGAAGGGAGAGGUAAGUCUAUUGUGGCUGAAGCCAGAAUUCCAUCUGAAGUCGUCAAGAAGGUUCUUAAGUCUGAUGUGGAUGCUUUGGUUGAAUUGAACAUAUCCAAGAACUUGAUUGGUUCUGCCAUGGCUGGUUCAGUUGGUGGAUUUAAUGCUCAUGCUGCCAAUUUAGUCACAGCUGUGUUUUUGGCGUGUGGUCAGGAUCCAGCACAAAAUGUCGAAUCCUCCAACUGUAUUACCUUGAUGAAGAGAGUUGGAGAUGAUUUGCAGAUUUCUGUUUCUAUGCCUUCUAUCGAAGUUGGCACUAUCGGUGGUGGUACUAUCUUGGAGCCACAAGGUGCCAUGCUUGACUUGUUAGGAGUCCGUGGCCCACACCCAACUAAUCCUGGUGAUAAUGCCAGACAAUUAGCUCGUAUUGUUGCAUGUGCCGUGUUGGCAGCUGAACUUUCUCUUUGUUCUGCUUUAGCUGCUGGCCACUUGGUUCAAUCCCAUAUGCAACACAACCGUAAAGGUGCUGCUGCCACUCCUGCUGCUCCUGCUGCCAACGGUUCGGCCAAUGGAUCGGCCAAGGCACAAACCAAAGCUCCAAAACCCAACGGAGCUGCCAAUGGAAAUGAUUUAAAGCGUCUUAAGGAAGGUGCUGUCACUUGCAUCAAGUCCUGAAAAGAGAAAAUCAAAAAUUAACUAUAAUGUAAUAUAUUCGGUCUUAUCUUCAAACCGCUAUUCGUCUUUCCAAAAGGAUUAGAAUUUGAAAACUAAAUACGAAAAACCCAAGGCGAGGAUCCUCCAAAUCAUUUAGCUUGCUAUGUUGUUUGCAUUAUUUAUACAAGGUUUUCUUUAUAUCUUUAUUUCAUAAUACCUCUUUUGCAUUAAUAGAUAUCAACAUAUCGU